UCGGUCGAUGCGGGAGGAAAGGGUCGCAACGCUGACUUCCAGAACCCUAGCGCCCAACUUGGGUUGGAGUUCGCGAGGUUUGAAUUUUUAAUCAGUUGAAGGCGAAAUCGCUAGCACCUACCUUUUAUUCAAGACACUGAUCCAUAGGCGGAAGUGAAGUAUCUCCCAAUCUUUUGUGCCAAUUGUUAUUCUCCGCUCCACGGGCAAACAAGAGCCUUGAUUCAAGGUUUGCCGCGGGAUGAAUCGGAAGAAGGAGCUCUGUAGGAAUUUCCAGCGCGGAAGAAUCAGAAUCCUGGACGAAAGGCAAAAGAGAUAUCUGUGUAGGCAUCAUGCGUCUUUCUUGUCAACGAAAGUCAAGUUGCCGAUAUGGAUCUCGCUGCAAAUUUCUUCAUACCACUCAACAAGAGGCAAAACCUAAUCCCUACGGUUUUGGCAACCAGAGUACCAUACAUUUUCCAAAUACUACUCAGCAACAAAAGCCAAAUCCUUAUGGAUUUGGAGUGCAAAACAAGCCCCAAUUACACAACAACAGCCCUCAGAAAGGUUCCUCCAAUUUCGUAGCUAAAUACCAAACUCCUGCCAAGCCAUUUGAAAACAAGUGGACAAGAUCAUCCUCGCCUGGAGCUACAAAUGUAACUGCUACACAAGUUCAAGCUCAGUCCCAAGCAUCAGAUCACAAGUGUACAGAUCCUGAAUCCUGCAAAAAACAAAUAAUUGAAGACUUUAAGAAGGAAGCACCUCUUUGGAAGCUUAGUUGUUAUGGCCAUCGCAAGUAUGGCCCUUGUGACAUUAUUGGUGAUAUCAGUUAUGAAGAACUCCGGUCAGCUGCAUAUGAUGAUGCUAGGCAAGGAUUAAGUGUUCAGUCUAUUGUUGAGAGAGAGAGGAAGUUAUACCUUUCCAAGUUGAAUGAAUUUGAUAAUUUAUUGAAAAAACCAUAUGGUUCACAAAGUCCUAGUUUUCAUCAGAUGAAUUCCCCUCCCAUUUCAAGCUCACCUCAGAUGAGUCAGUCUCCUGUGUUCAUGAACAAUGCAUCAUCUGUAAAUGUUCAAGGAAAUAAUGUCCCCUCUUUUUCAAGUUUUAGUCAACUAAAGGCAGCAAGUAAUCUUGGCUCUGAGAACAGGUCUGAACCACAAGGAUUCCCUAGCGGUAAUUUUGGUCAACCUAGCCCUUUCCAGAAAGCCAGCCAAAGUUCUUUUGGUCUUGGAAAAUUUGGAAAUUCAGUUGUUGUAGCAGCAAAUAAUAUGUUUUUUUCCUUAUGUUGAAUGGUUGGAGUUCAUCUAUAUCAUUUUUAUUGUUUCAUUGUUACCAUUUCAUUGAACCACUUCAAUACAUGUUUUUACUUCAAGUUCAUCUAUGCCAUUUUUGUUGUCUAAUUGUUACCAUCUCAUCAUACUACAAUAUAUUGCUUUACUUUCAUCUGUACUAUACUGGGUUACUAGUUUCAUUUGUUGUCUGUUAACAGAAUUCUCUAUUGAAAUUGGAGUCAGUUUAACUGAUUGGUAAUUAUAUGACUUUAUGGUGUUAAUAAAAGAGCAGUUACAUGCACCAAAUGGUUCACUUUGUUGAGGUCAACAUUCAGGGAUGAGUUAAUACAGUUUGAAGUUUUGUAAGUUUCAUUUUAUAGUCAGUCCUAGGUACUUUGUCAGUUCUAGCAACAAUACAAGGCUCUAAAUUAGAUCCACUUUCAAACCUAUCAAGAGGUUGUCUUAAAAAAGGCUGAGAAACUAUGGGUGUGCAUUUGCAAAUUAGUAGGAACCUUCUUUUUUGGUAUUAAAACAUGCUUUAAAAUGAACCUAAGGAUGUUAUGACAACCUGAAACAUUAAUAAUUUGCCUUUCUACCUAAGCUGAGGAUACACGAACCAUAGUGAUAUUGCCAGUCAUUUAAGAUAUCUUCUGUAACAGUGAAUUUAAUAGUUAGCAGCGCAUGCAGCUCUUAGAUCUGUUGAAUAGGUGAGUGAACCUUAUAAGCAUUGCUAUGCACGUCUUAAUCUGCAAUGGUGAAAAAUGUUAAAUGUUUUUUUCUCUGUUUGUGAAAAUGUAAAAAAAAAACCUGAUUAUAAUUUUUCAAGUAUUCUUUGCUGGGAUUUUUCUCUUUUGUUCCUAUUUUUUCUUGAAUUAUUUUAGUCUUGAUUUGCUGAAGAAGGUUGAAAAAGAACUUAGAAAGGUUGGAAAACUAUGUUUUCUGAUUGAAAAUAUGAUGUCCACUCUAUUCAAGCACUAUACUUUUCGUUCUAGAACAGAAUUUGUAGAAACAUAUAGGCUAUUUUAAUAUUUGACUCUAGUUACAGAAUUUGUAGUCAAAUGAAAGUCCAAGUUCAUUAUUCUGGCAAUACUAUUAAUCAUCAAUGUAUAAAAUGAUUCAAUUUUACAGAGUCUUUCCUGGGUUAGGAAUUUUUGCAGUUUUUUUUCUCAAAGUAGACAUACUGUUCAACUAAAAUUCCACUUUCAUCCGCCUUCUAUUUUCAUUACUGCUACAUUUUUUUGUCAUUUUGAUUACUCAUGUUUCGGCAAUAUAGGAUUGUUUGGUCAGUAGCAAAUACAACCAGCUGGAAACUUUCCAAAUCCAAGCGUUUCUUCAUUUAACUUUGCUAUAAGGCCUACUGGGUCUUUGUCUCCCCAGAACUUUGAUGGCACAAAUAGUCAACAACUCAACUCUGUUAGUAGGGCUGCUACCCCUUCAAGUGAUGAUGAGUUUGAGGUUGAUAGUAUUUGGAGAAAGGAAGAAUGGAAGAUAGGAGAGAUUCCUGAAAGACCGCCUCCAGCCGGAGUAUGUUGACAAUAUUCCUACUGCAGUGGAAAGGAAGAUCUGCUUAACCUCACGGGCUCAGCAGAUGCAUUAUCUGCCAAGUGCUGCUUUCUCCAAGAUGUGGGAGGGUGUUCACUUUUUCCAACUUAAUGCGAUAAGCAUCAGGCAUCAAGAAUGUAAUCUUUGGAACUCUUUGCUUCAUCAAACUCUUUUGAGGCCAUGAUCCUUUCAAGCUGAAGUUCUUCGCAUAAAAAACUAAACUGCUCAUGAAGAACCUCUGCCUGGUGGAUUGGAGGAAUUUGAUUCUGAUGCACAAGGUUCUGAAGAACCUCUAUUUGCAAGUUUGCAAGUUUUUUUGUCUCUGUUUUUAUUUUCUCAAUUUAUUAUUGUAAUUAUUAUAUAUUUGAUGUAAAAUUAAUUUUUUUUGUUUAAAAAAGAAGUUAUUAUUAUGAUAAUCAAUUUAUCCUCGGUUGUCAUUC